UCCCUGAAGCCAGGUCUGGCGGGAAACACAAGACAGAGAGAGCUCUAAUGGAGGGCGCGGCGCAGACCAUUUUGAGCAAUGUUGGGCAGGUUGUGGGGCAGGAGUUCCGGCAGCUCAGCGGCGUGGGUGGCGAGGUCGCGGAGCUUAGGGACGAGCUGGCGACCAUGAACGCCGUCCUUCGCAUGCAGUCUGAAGCCGGGGACGGUGCCGUGGACCACUUCGUCCGGGAGUGGAUGAAGCAGCUGCGGGAGCUCGCCUACGACGCCGAGGAUUGCGUCGACCUCUAUUUAUUCCGCAUCAGGUGUCGGCCGGGUGACGGCUUACUCGUCUGGUCCAAGCGCCUGCUUGUGACGCUUUUCCAUCGCCAUCGUCUCGCCGGUGACAUCGCAGCCCUCCGCGCCCGUGCCGUCGCCAUCAGCGAGCGCCAUGCUCGUUACGGCGUCGGCCGCGAGACGCUGCGGUGCCCUGCUUCUUCCGCCCCUGCGCCAUCGUCGGCGUAUGAGCUCCCUCUUGCCAAGCACUCCAACCUGUUGGUCGGCAUCAGGGACCAGGCUAGCAGCCUAGUCGACAAGGUGAAGGCGUUGGAUGAGAACGACAAGGAGCUCAAGGUGUUCUCUAUCGUCGGGUUCGGAGGCCUUGGGAAGACCACGCUGGCCAUGGAGGUCUGCCGGCAGCUGGAGACGGAGUUCCAGCGCCAAGCGCAAGUGUCCGUGUCCCAGGCGUUCACCGGGAAGGACCUCAGGGAAUUCCUGAAGCGCGUGCUUCUGCAGAUCGCGCAGCCGAAGCAGACGGCGCACAAGGAGUCCCAAAAUGCAGCCGAUGGCGCUAGCUUGGGUAACGUCGACGACAUGGAUGUAGCCCAGCUGGAAAGCAAGCUCAAAGAGAUUCUCGAAAACAGCAGGUACCUCAUUAUGAUCAAUGAUGUUUGGAGUAUAGCAGCCUGGGAUGCAAUCCGUUCUAGGUUACCAAGCAGCAAUUGCGGCAGCAGAAUCAUUGUGACCACUCGGAUAGAUACUGUGGCAAAAGCAUGCAGUGCUAAUGAUGGUUACAUACAUCAUAUGAAGGCCCUCAUUAAGAAAGACUCCAUGAAGUUGUUUCUAUGCAAAGCGUUUGGCUCAAUGACUGAUAACUCGUGCCCCGAGGAUUUGAAAGUAGAAAUGGAUAAUAUCUUAGGAAAAUGUGGUGGGCUACCAUUGGCCAUUGUUAGCAUUGCCAGCCUUCUAUCAAGCUAUAAACCUCCUGAAGGCAAAGAUAUGUGGACAAAAGUUCAGGAAUCAAUCGGUUCACUGAUGGAAAACAACCCUUCCCUUGAAGGGAUGAGAAGAAUACUCACACUUAGCUAUGACCACCUACCUCAUCACCUCAAGUGUUGCAUGAUGUACCUUAGCAUUUUCCCGGAAGAUUAUGUCAUUCCGAAAGAUCGGCUGUUGAGGAGAUGGAUUGCUGAAGGAUUGGUUGCGGAGAAGCGGGGGAUGACCCGUAUGGAACUUGCGGAAGCCUACUUCAGUGAGCUGGUCAGUAGAAGCAUGAUUCAGCGGGCCGCUGAUAUAGUCACCUGGCAUGAUGGGAGGGUAGAGACAUGCCGUGUGCACGACAUGUUGCUUGAGAUCAUGGUGUCCAAAUCCCUAGAGGCUAAUUUUGUUAGCCUGGUGGGUGGACAGUAUGAAGGGAUGUCGUAUGACAUGGCUCGCCGUCUCUCCAUACAUGGUGGAGCAGAGGCACCAAAGGACUGGUCAUCAAAGAAAAAUGCAGUGCACCGUGGUACAAGGAGCGACAUCAAGGUGAUGACUGUGCAGCAUGUCCGAUCACUAAGCAUAUUUGAUCCUGAAGUGCACAAGCUGCUGCUUGGUCGGCUAGGUGAGUUCACCUUGGUAAGGGUACUUGAUCUGGAAGAUUGCAAGGGCCUAGAAAAAAAGCAUAGGAGGCAUAUCUGCAGGAUGUAUCUUUUAAGGUUCUUGAGCUUGAAGGGCACAGAUAUCAAGGAGAUGCCUUCGAGAGUUGGUGAUCUCGAGCAUUUGCAGACACUUGAUGUACGUCAAACACGCCUUAAGUGUUUGCCAAAAACGGUAACAAAACUAGAGAAGCUGGAGCACCUGCUGUUCUCCAUCAAGGGUACGUUCUGGUCUGGGUGGAUGCUGCCCCGAGGGAUCAACAAAAUGAAGGCACUACGCCAAGUGAAUAAAGCGGUUGUGAUAUACGACCCAAUGGUCGCCAAGGAGAUCGGCGAACUGGAUCAGUUGCAAGAGCUUGGUAUCUAUGUGGACACGAGAGAGGAUGUAAAUCAGGAGGUUCUUGAAGAGCUUGCAUGCUCCCUGAGCAAGCUAUAUUCCCUACGGUCACUCGACAUUGGCAACUUUGGAUGUGAUCAAUGGCCUUUCAAGCAGAUAAUGCAAUUUCUGCAUGAUGUGAAAUCGCCACCACGACUUCUCCAAUACCUUAGGAUCUAUGGCCGCAUUGACAAUUUGCCCGACUGGGUGAGUUCACUCGCAGAUCUCGUCGAGUUUGACAUAGCGUGGACAUACCUUGAUGGUGAGCAACUAUUUAACGUCCUGUGUAAGUUGCCCAUCCUGAAGAGGCUGACCUUGGGGGCUUACUUCUGCUGGCAUCGAGAAACUAUUGUGUUUGGUAGUACCCAAUCAUUUCCAGAGCUCAAGGAACUGACUCUGAACUAUUCUCCUGAAGUUCCAGAAGUUUACCAAUUUAAGCAAGGGUCCAUGCCAAAGCUCGAGACACUCGAGGUGCAUUUCGGAGACCAGGAGAAGAAAGUUGAUGGCAUCCAGCAUUUGACAAAGCUGAAAGAGGUGCAGUACAGUGGGGUGAAGGCCAACAAAGGGCUGAUACUUGCAGUAGAGGAGCUAAAUGAGGAGAAUGAUAGGCGACAUGAGUCAGAGCAGUUCAAAAUUAGAGUGAGGUAUGACGACAUGUAACAUGUUCAUCUGAAUCUUGUGUUGGAUUAAUCAUCGUGUUAAGUGUUGUGUCAAGGUUUUAUCUUGGACUUGGUCGUUGAAGUUUGGUUUUGUAUUCUCAUAAAAAAAAGGUUUGGUUCCAGUGUGUA